AGUCCAGAAAAAUCAGAAUUUUCCAUUCAACAAUGAAUUGUCCAGUGCAACUGAUAGUCGCAAUUUUAAUGAUUAAAUCUGCUUAUUCUCAAGUUACUACAUCAAAUGAUAUCCCUGGGACUUUGAAAUGUGAAGGCUGUUCCAUUUAUAAACUCACGGAAAAUGACAAAAAAGAAAUUUUGUUUGCCCACAAUUCCCUUAGAGAUAAAUUGAGUCAGGGUAUCGAAGGAAUGGGUAACCCAAGGCCACAACUGAAAGCUAUCAACUUAGAACAUCUGCAAUGGGACGAAGUUUUAGAGGAGGAAGCUUGGAAUGAACUCUAUUCGUGCUCAUCUGACCCAGACUUUCGUAAAUGUUUUACAGAUCUCUCUAAUCCUGUAACAGGUCACAACUAUGACUACAUAGUUAAUCCCUUCAACUCAAGUGAUUCUGUGCUAUCUAUUGUUAAGAAAUGGUCCUCUCAAGCGAAUACGUUCAACCACGAACAUGCCAGCUCAUUAACCACAAGUGAUCUGACAGUCGCUAGAGCGUACACUCAGAUGGUUUGGAGUAGAAGCACGAAAAUUGGAUGCGCUGCUUUCAAAGAAAAAAUAGUAGAAUACACCGAUAUGACUCACUUGAUUUGCAAGUACAGAGAACCUGGAAACAUUAUUGGUCAACCAGUUUACUUUACCUCGUCUACUGUCCUUCAUCAACCUCCAACUGGUAUUAAUAGUAUGACAACAAGUUUCAAAACUAACAUACCAAACCUUCCUACUAAUGACGGACAAGUAGUUACUGGUGAUAUGACACCAAAAUUCAAUACUAACAUACCAAAACUAAUGACGGACAAAUUAUUUCCAGUAGUAUGA